ACAGGCUCACCGCAUGCCUUACCCACGCACGGCGACAAAAUGCCUCCUGCCACGUGCUAGUGCAGCCGUGGGCAUGUACGAAAAGGUCACUCGACGUAGUACAUCGCAAGCGGCCAUUGGAACUGCUGCCUCCCCUCCCUCCACCCCAACAUUUAUAAAGAAAACAAGCCCAAUUUUGCCCUCCGUCACGUCACCUCCCUCAAUUGAACCUAGAUACACGCGCAGCUCUCCUCGUGGGACAUCCACGGUUCAUGGCAAUUACACGACCGUGCUGGGGCGGAGGUACGCCUCAGCCACUCGACUCGUCCCCGCUUGUCACCUUACCUCGGCCGCCUCCUCCUCCUCC